GCACUGCUUUUUUAACGAAAGCGAUUACUAAUUUGUUGAUAAAAAAUAAUGAAAAUUAGUAAUUUUUAUAGAUAUGUUACUUUUCUAGUGUAACUUACUUGAAAUAAUGGAGGAAGUUGAUAAAAUUAUAAUAGAAUCUCUUAAAACUUUGGAAUGUGAACUUGGAGACAUCAAAGGCUUGAGAGAGUUUAACGCAGAUAUGGUUGUGUCAGCCUUAUCAUCUUGCCUUGAAGCAAUAACACCGAAUACUAUUUUCCCUAAGAAAUUACCACCUUCGAUGAGUGCCAGAUUAAAAGUUGCUACUAAUUUAUCUGAUCACAUCAAAGAACUCGGCUUUCGAGGAGAUAUGGGUUAUCAGACCAUUCUUUAUUGCAACGAAAUAGAAAUCAGAAGAGUUUUAAUGUUUUUGAUCGAAAGAUUACCUAGAGACACAAGUAAAACUACUGCCAAUGAACAGACUGGAUAUGUUGCAAGACUCAUACAGAGUAUUGAAGAAAAUAUUAAGAACUCAUUAGAAGAAAUGUGGGUACCAUCUUGUUUUGUCAGCAAAGGCAUUAGGGAGUGUAGAGGAGGGUACAUUGUUGUUAGUACAGGAGACAGUUCCCCAUUGAUGAGUCAGAGUUUGGAGGUACCUAAUUCAAAAAUUGAAAGAGAAAUUCUGAAGCAAUACUGGGUUCACAAUUUGCCGGAUGUAACUAAACAAUGCUCCCCAAAAAAUCUCAUUCCCUCCUUAUUAUUCAAAGAUAUUGAAUUUUCCCGAAACUCUAGGUUAGUAGAGUUGAUUAAAAAGAAAAAUCAGACGACUGAAUUACCUGAUACGAUCGAAAAAAUCAUCCUGAGAAAAGAAUCCCCUGAGAAGAUUUUGGAUUUGGAAAAAAAGAUCACUACUACUCGAGAAAAUGAGAACCAUGGUGAAAAAAAGUUGAAGAUUUUACUAGAUGAGAUUGAAAGGGUAAAAUCUGAAUAUAUAACUUUGCAAGAUAAUGCAAAAGCGGAUGAGUUGCAAUUAUCACAGGUUGUUGCAACAAAAAAUGAUAAACAGAAUAAACUCAAAGAAUCUUUAGCCAAAUUAAAACUGAAAACGAAAACUCUGGCUAUAAUAAACAAAGAGGAAAAUAUGGUUAAACUGAAAAGUUUAGUCCAAAAUGCUCACGAUCGACUUGAAGAACUUGCCAAACAGUGGAAUGAAAUUCAGACUCCUCUGUUGGAGGAGUAUAAUUCAUUAAAAAAUUCUCUCACUAGUGAAGAGGCCAAAUUUCAAGAAGAUCAACAAAAGUUGACCAGUACAAGAGAGACAUAUAAAAAACUUGUUGAAGAUUUGAAUGAAAAAACUGUUUUAGAACAGAGUUUGAGCGAGAAGUGUAAACAGUUGAAUAGAACCAAUAACAGAUCAGCAUACACAAGACGAAUCCUAGAAAUAAUAGGCAACAUCAGAAAACAAAAUGUGGAAAUCGAGCAUAUUCUGAAGGAUACCAGAACUGUCCAGAAAGACAUCAACAAUUUAACCGGACAAGUGGACAGAUCAUUUACUUUAUCAGAUGAGUUGAUAUUCUUUGAUGCAAAGAAUGAUGAAACAGCCCGGAAAGCUUACAAACUUUUGGCUGCCCUCAGAGAUGAAUGUAGUAAUAUUUUGAAAGCAGUUACUGAUAUAGGACUUGCUGAAAGGGAAUCUAGAAAUUUGCAGGAGCAAAUCGAAUCUGAAAAAUCUAAAGAAAUUGGUGUAAAACUCGACAGGGUGUAUUCUGAUUUAACCCAAAUCCAGAGAGAAACUGAAAUGUUGAUAAAGAAUUCUCAAGUUUCACAAGGAUAAGGUUUUCUGAAUAUAGAAUUGUCAUAUUUUGUAAAAUGAGCCAUGUUAGAUUAUUGUUUUUUAGUGCCACCCUGCCUGUAAAUUCUCAUCUUCAGUUCUUUACAUCAAAAACGUGUCGAUUUUGUCACAGUGUGCCGGCAGUGUGUUGAAUGUUAAGUUGUCAUUAUGCAAACACUUCAAUGUAAACAUAUAUUAAUAAUGUGGAGUCUAAAAUGAGUUCCCUGGUUUUCCUUAAAUAAAAUAAGACAUACUAGUCCACAUUUCAAAACAUUAACUCAUUCAUUCCAUAGAUGAAUGUAUAAAUUUGUUAAUAAAUACUUGAUAAUUUGUUUUCAUUGUAUUAUGUUACAGAAUACUAUGUAUCUGAAUAUAUGUAAUGAACUUAAGUUGUUCUUAGAAAACUCCUUCAUUGUGAUUAAAUCAAUUAGUCAAUGAUUUUUAGUAAGUCUAAAAAAUGCUUGAUUAGGCAUUUGUUUUUCGAUCAAAUGUUCGUCUCAUUUCACUUACAACAAUAAAACUAGAACUAACACAAGCACA